AUACACUCUCGACCAUUGGAUUUUAAGUAGGAACCCCUCCACAAUUCAAAACAAUCAUUCUUCGUUGGAUUCCAAACCCCAUAAAAGUCUAAGCCUCUCCAUUUUCCUUCAAAAAGUACUAAUUGCUUAGGAUGAAUAUUCCCAAGCCUUUUUUGGUUCUUUUCUCUUCCUUUCUCAUUCUUUCUUGCUUCUCCAUAGCUCAAAUCCAUGGGAGCAAGCAUUCACAAGCGCUUUCUCAGCUGUACAAGUCCAAGCUGAAUUCCAAAAGCGCAGGCAUCGACACGAAGCCAUUCGAGGCGAUUCUUCAUGCGAACGCAACCAGCAUUCAUCCCCAAGAAGGGUUGAAGGAGAAAGAUCGGAUCAAAAGCUUGCCUGGACAACCCAAGGUGAAGUUCAGUCAGUAUGGUGGGUAUGUUACUGUGGAUAAAAAAGCAGGUCGUGCACUUUUUUACUACUUUGCUGAAGCUGACAAUCAGCAGGCCAAGGAUUCUUUGCCUCUUCUUCUAUGGCUUAAUGGAGGACCUGGAUGUUCCUCUCUUGCCUAUGGAGCAAUGCUUGAGCUCGGACCAUUCCGUAUCCAUAGCGAUGGCAAAACCCUUUACAGAAAUAGAUUUUCAUGGAACUACGCUGCAAAUGUUUUGUUCCUUGAGUCUCCUGCUGGUGUGGGUUUUUCAUACUCUAACAGAACAUCAGAUUAUGAUAAAAGUGGGGACAGAAGAACAGCUGCAGAUAAUUAUGUGUUCUUAGUGAAUUGGUUGGAGAGGUUUCCUGAAUAUAAGGGGAGGGAGUUCUAUAUUGCUGGUGAAAGCUAUGCAGGGCACUAUGUACCUCAACUUGCACAGACUAUCCUCCACCACAACAAGAAGGCUAAUAGAACCAUCAUCAACCUCAAGGGCAUAAUUAUUGGGAAUGCAGUGAUUAAUGAUGAAACUGAUACAAGAGGAAUGUAUGACUACCUUGCUUCCCAUGCUCUCAUUUCCGAUGAAAUUGCAAAUCAAGUCCGAAAAUACUGUGAUUUUUCACCCAAUGCCACUAUUCAACCCAAAGAGUGCGAUGACGCUACUGUUGCUAUUGAGAAGGCUACCUAUUUCAUUGAUAUCUAUAACAUCUAUGCCCCCUCAUGUGCCUCUUCCAAUCUCACUGUCCAACCCAAAAAGGCUUCAAUACUGAAAUUUGAUCCGUGCAGCGAGUACUAUGCGGAAGCUUAUUUGAAUCGGCCUGAUGUUCAAGAAGCUCUCCAUGCUAAUGUCACUAAACUCACACAUGACUGGGAACCAUGUAGUGAUGUAAUCAAACACUGGAGAGAUAGCUCAUCAACUAUACUACCCCUUCUACAUGAGUUUAUGGAUAAUGGACUUCGAGUCUGGAUUUUUAGUGGCGAUAUCGAUGGAAGGGUUCCAGUCACUUCAACAAAGUAUUCUCUUGAGAAGAUGAAUCUACCAAUCAAGACCGAAUGGCAUGCUUGGUUCCUUAGCGGACAAGUUGGUGGUUACACACAAGUGUAUGAAGGAGACAUAACACUUGCCACAGUGAGGGAGGCAGGGCAUCAAGUCCCAAGCUACCAGCCUGCUAGGGCACUUUCACUCAUCAAGCACUUCCUUGAUGGCACACCUCUUCCUGAUACUAAAAGAUAUAAUUAAGAAAAACGAGAAAACAGUAGAAUUCCAUUUCUUAGCUUUCAGGAUAUCAUUGCCUUGUUAAUAAUUUUUUUAUCCACACAAGGUUAUUCAGUGCUCAUCUAAAAUUUCAUUCAGUAAAAAGUCUAAAGUGCCCAUUGUCUUUUUAAUAUAUGAGCAUUGAUCUUUUCAUGGUGAAUGUAUCAAAAA